ACAACAUUCUCACAAAACCUUAUUCUUCCAGUACUCGAAUCUUAUUUUCAAUCUCAUCUUCCUUUGCCCGAAAAUACAUACAUAUUUGAUUUUUAAACCUAAUUCAGAAACACGACGUAAACAAAACUAUAUAAACAAUAUUUUGGAUCGUAGCUCUUAUACCAUAAACUAGAAGAAAUGGAGAUGAUAACGAAGAUGGUGUUGGAGAGACCGGUGGUGAUAUACAGCAAAAGCGCAUGUUGUAUGUCUCACACGAUCAAGACUCUGCUCUGCGAUUUCGGAGCGAAUCCAGCAGUUUACGAGCUAGACGAGGUGUCUAGAGGGAGGGAGAUUGAGCAGGCGUUGUUGCGGCUCGGGUGUAGCCCUGCGGUUCCGGCUGUUUUUAUCGGAGGAGAGUUGGUCGGUGGAGCCAACGAGGUCAUGAGUUUACACCUUAACGGAUCUUUGAUCCCUAUGCUUAAGCGGGCUGGUGCAUUGUGGGUUUGACUUGCUAUACAUAUACUUAACUAGCUACUUAACACUAAGUUAAGUACGCCGAAUAAUGUUUUUUUAACACAGCUAUUAUAUGAGCUUUGACAUGGGGAUAUGAGUCCAAGUCAGAUUAAUAACUAGGGUGUUGUCUUCUUGUUUUUUGAGGUCAUCCUAAUAUAUUAAAUGUAUGAGUUAUAUGAACUUCUAUGA